UUGGAGAAGUUAAAAAGUUGAGUAGCGAAAGGGAAAAGGGCCAACAAAGGAAAUGGCAGAUGGAGAUGAUCAAGACUUGCCAAGGGAUGCAAAGAUUGUUAAAACACUGCUGCAAUCAAUGGGUGUCGACGACUAUGAACCUCGAGUCAUACACCAGUUCCUAGAGCUCUGGUAUCGGCAUGCUGUUGAUUUAUUGACAGAUGCACAGGCAUACUCGGAGCAUGCUGGGAAGGUUACAAUUGACACCCAUGAUGUCAAGCUUGCUAUUCAGUCAACAGCCAAUUUCAGCUUCUCCCAACCCCCACCUCGAGAGGUUUUGCUUGAGUUGGCUAGGAACAGGAACAAAGUCCCAUUGCCAAAAUCAAUUACAAAUCCCGGGAUUCCUCUUCCACCUGAUGAGGACACAUUGAUCAACCCGAACUACCAGCUUGAUAUACCCAAGAAGCAAACUAGCCAGACACCGGAAGAAAUGGAGGUUGGUGAAGAGAGCGUCAAACCGAGUUCUAACGCUUUCCAAUAACAGAAGACACAGCCAAUGAAACCCACUUCUCAACAGGUAUCCUUUCCCCUUCAAGCUAGACGUCCGAGAUGAAGUUUCAAGGCCAUGUCAUGUUUUUCCUGGUUAAUUUAGAAUCAAAAUGAUGAAUGUUCAACGGUUCAUGGAUUUCAGAGAUUUACUGUGUUUUUAGUUCAUAGUAAACUCAAAUAAAGCUAAUUUUGGCAACGGUGUUCUUACUAGAAUAGAUCGAGGCAGUGGGUAUUUAAGAAUUCUGAAUGCCAAUUACUUUGGCAAUGGUGUUCUAUUCUUUAUUUGUACUUACAAAC